AUGUUUUUCUCUUUAGGGCUACCAUUUCAUUUAGCAAGGAAUCCUUAUUAUAGGGAGGCAUUUUCUUAUGCUACCAAUACUCCUAAUCUCAGUGGAUAUAAGCCUCCAAGUUACAAUAAGUUGAGAACUACCUUGCUUACAACAGAGAGAAGCCAUGUGGAGAACCUCUUGCAACCAAUAAGAAAUUUAUGGAAUCAGAAAGGUGUGACCAUUGUUAGUGAUAGGUGGAGUAAUCCUCAAGGAAGACCUCUUAUCAACUUCAUGGCUAUCACUAAGAGUGAACCAAUUUUCUUAAAGGCGGUAAAUUGCUUUGGUGAUAUAAAAGACAAGGAUUUCAUUUCUCAACAGAUCAAAGAUGCAAUUAUGAAGGUUGGGUCAUCAAAUGUAUGUAAGGCAGCAACCAAGGGUGCUAAGAAAAACAAUGUCACUUAUGAUCAAUGUUCUUGGAUCACACAAAUUGCAGACUAUGCUAAUUUUAUCAUGAGACACUCUAUGAGAUUAUCAAUGUACAUCAACUUCAACUCAUUAAAGUUGCUUUUUGUUGCUCCUACAAGAUUUUCUUCAACUAUUGUGAUGCUCAAGAGGUUUGGAAGUUUGAAAGAAGGACUCCAGAAGAUGGUUAUUAGUCCUGAAUGGUCUACUUACAAGGAUGAUGAUGUUGGAAAGGCAAAAAAAGUGAAAGAAACUUUAUUGGAUGAUAUUUGGUGGGACAAGUUUGAUUACAUACUUUCUUUCGUUGCUCCUAUUUAUGAUGUUCUUAGAAAAACAGAUACUAAUAUGACUUGUCUUUACUUGGUAUAUGAAAUGUGA